AUGGGGGGCUUCUCCCGCGGCAAACGCGACGUCGGCGACGAGCACUGCAUCAACGAGCUCAUCAACAAAGAGACGAAGUACCAAGACGGGUUCAUGGAGCGUGAGCUCAACCCGCCGCCCUCGCCGCCGUCGUACGAAGAGCCCGGGGACGAGCUCGCGCGUCCUCACGAGUACGACAAGACCUUGGUCGCGGUCGGAUGCGUCCCCGCGGGCGCGUCGGACGACACGCCCGCGACGCCGCGAACGCGGAUCGCGAACCGCGCGCGCUUGACCGAAGCCGUCAGCGCGCGCAUGCGCGCGCGGCUGCUCGACGCGGCGUCGACGACUGACCCGAUGACCACGAGAGACGCGCACUUUGGCGAGCACCUCACGAUCAGACCGAACGAGUACUGGAGGCAGACGAAGACGCUCGAGGCGCAGGCGGCGGUGCUGUCGCCGCCGAGGAACACGAAGCCGCCGCCGAAGAAGCCGCCGCUGCGGCGAGGGACGAGCGGCGGCGUCGCGAGGCGGUUGACGACGACGGAGGCCGGCGGCGCGGCGGCGGCGGCGGCGGCGAAGAGGCGCGGGGCGUUUCUCACGUCCGUCGCGAAGCCAAAGGACGGCGGGCUGACCGCGGCGGCGCCGAAGGGGAGGUCGAGGCCGAAAUAUCUUAAACCUAGGGAGACCGCGCGCGCGGAGACGGAGGAGGACGCGGCGGAGGCGGCGGCGGAGGAAGAGGACGCGGGCGGCGGCGACGACGACGGCGGCGGCGGCGGCGGCGCUCCGCCGACGCUAAACUUCGACGACGUCGACGACCGCUCCUUAGAGGAGCUCGUGAAGGAGCUCCGCGAGCUGGAAGCCGCCGCCGCGGCGAUGCGCGUGGAGGGGUAG